AUGAUCAACGAAAAACCCAUCGAGGAGCAGCUGGGAUACACUGUGGCAGGAAAGAACUCCGAAGAACUCGUCUAUAAGAUUGGCUACUCAAGUCCAUUAACGUUGCAUGAUCGUGCAAGUAAAAUCAAAGCGGGUACUCAUGGUGACUGCUAUGCCCUCCAACCAACACUCAUGGCUGCUGUACCAGCUAUCAUGGACCGGAUAUUCAAAGCCGUAUCUGAAGAAGUUGCUGCGAGUCCAAGGAUUAUGCAGGAAUUGUUCAAGCUCAACUACGAACGUAAACGAGCUCGAUACCAAGAAGGGUACUGCAGUCCAUUCCUUGAUAGGUGA